UUUGAGCAUCUUAUCACAAAACCACAGCAGCAGACUCUUAGCGAUGAAAUAUGUGAGAGCGAGGUGAGACGUUAUAGUGUCCUUGUUGUCCACUGCAGGUAAAGACAUCGCUUCAAUCGCUCUUCCUGCUUUCGUCUCACUCUGCAUGUCUCUCUCUCUCUCUCUUCAUCGUCUCUCCUCAUAACUCUCAAAAGAGACAAAUGUAUUAAACAGUGCAGCACUGGAGAAUCACGCAGGGCCACCAGCAAUGUGUGCACACACCUUGAACACUUUGAGGGUUUUUUGGCUCCAGAGCAAACAGUGUCAAAGUCUCACAAUGGAGUAGGUGCAAAUGUAAAAGUAAAGUUAGUUGGUAAAAUGGUCUCAGUACAGCCUUAUAUAUAAUAUCACCUGAUUAGUAUUAGCAAUGCAACCGCCUUUUUGGUAUCUUAACUUGAAAAGUAACUGUAGAUAUUGAAUACACAGAGUGUGGUCAAAAUCACGAUAUAUCCAAUGAAAUACAAGUAAAAAAGUAGUAAAAAUUACAAAUACUGAAGUAAAUGAGUUAACAAAUUAUUCAAAAAGUAAAGAAACUGCAGGAGCUCAAAUGAGUUUCCAUCAUAAAUCAAAGACAAAGCCGAUUCAAUCUCUGUUUGUUUCAACCCGAAAAUGAAGCCGCUCUGUGACAUUAUACUGAAUCCCACCUUGCUGCACAAUCAUUAAAAUAUGAUUUAAAAACUAUAUUUCAAAUGAAUUAAACACAACAGACGAUUUAAGAAAAUAUCCCUCAGAAUAAAAAGCUGUCAGGCUCACUUUACAAACUAAAUUGUGUCCAUUGCCAAUAAUUAUCUUACAUCACCUAUAAACAAGAUCUGCGUAAAAAAUAUAAGUUAAGAAAAACUAAACUGAAACAAGUCACAAUCUUUCACCCCCUGAAUAAGAGCAGCUAUCCAGGGGUGCCGGUCAGGAGAAUCCUCCUCCACACCUCACAGCUGGUGGUCCUGAGGGCUCCAGUCUGAUGCCAUAUGCAGUGAAACAAUAGAUCAUAGCAGGGCUGUGAGUCUGUGUACAGUAGUGGGCAGAUGAAGAGCCCAGACAGCCAUGUAAGGUAGCAGGCAGCGCAUCGGCCCGCCGGCUUCACGCUGGGGAGACUGAUGUAUGGCAGCCUGGAUCCGUGUCGGCCUGAAAGCGGUGGCAACAGGUGACUCGCGUGAAUUGGAAGCAUUCUCGCCCUCAUCCCGCAUCGGAUGUCUCUGUCUCUAACCCAGUACGCCACCACGGCAAUGCCGCUGGACUUAAACAUGCUCGUCAUUUAUCGUAAUCCCGUGGGAGGGAUACGCACACACCCAUGAGGCCCUGCAGCCGAACAGCUUCUGCAGUAUAUGCUGGGAUUUACCCACCAAAGGUUUUGGGUCCCAGUUUAAAAGCCAUGUCAUAUUUAAACGUGAACUUUUACACUUAUGUGCACUGAUUAUUUAUAAUCACAGUCUAUAAAUAGGCUUCAUUUACUUCCAUUGUGUCCCAGAUAAUGCCAUGAAGCUGCCUCAAUCAAGCAGAGAGUAAAAAUAACCAUCACUAGGCUUAGUAACUGAAUGCUGGGUAUGUUCGGCAUCCCGUAUGUCUGAUCUCUUGAGGUCAGCUGAGACGGAUGCAAACCCUGAAUACGUGUGCCGGCCCGGAGGAGCCGUGUGGCAGGUCUGAUGCUGCUUUCUCUUACUCUGCCGUGGCGUUUCCACAGUCACUGAGCUCUCACAGCAACCAAGAUAUUUUGGUUACAGAGCUGCUGUCAGGGGCUUUUUGUUAAGUGGUCCUUUCAUAUGAGCUGAAAUGUAGAGUUUAUCUAAGUUAGUUACUUUGUUUUAUUGGGGAGUUUUUGGAGAAAAAGAUUUAUAUGACCACACAACCGGCAUAGAAGAGAUCUGAUAACCAACAAUUAAGUGAGAAAUAAAACAAGAAAGAAACACUGAUGAUAAACAAACUUCAGAUAAGUGUUAACGUCUCACUAAGGUGAAUUAAAUGUAUCAUGGGGGAAGUUUGCAUGCAGUGCUAUUUGAAAGGUCCAUAAUACCUGAAACUAGCUGAUUGAUGCGUACCUUUGGAAUCGUGAGAUGACCAUUCAUUUUUAAUCCUGAUUGUGAUACAGAGAGCAAUGAUGACAGGGAAACCUAUAAUAACUGAACCUCAAAACAUGUUUACUCCAUAAAAGCCAUCUAGUUUCAUGUUAAAGCAAUGGGAGCACAACAUAUUAUACCAGUAUGGUGUCAUUAUUCUCAGCCAUUACUAGUCAGUUGGUAAGUUAUAUGAAUUAUUCAUCAAACAAAACUGAGUUCUUUCUUGAAAAUUCAGCAGCGAUGCAGUAAAACCAGUUUUCAGCUUUAUUUUGAAAAACUAAAACAAAAAAUCCCUCCUGCAACGUAGUGUUGGUUCACAAAAACACACCUCAGUGAAUGUCAGGUAUUUAAUUUCAUUUCUAGUUAUUUAUUGUUAUUGUAAUCCACUCAAAGCAGAUAUAAUACAAAGAAGCAGGCCAGAAAUAAAAUUUUUGUCUAAUUUGUAACAAUAGGAUUGUGUUAUUGUACAUUUGUCCUACACCAGAAUCCUCCUCGGUGACCCAAAUUUGGCUGUGCAGGUGUUUUUAGUAUCUAACUUCAGGCCCCUCCAGCGUACGCAGGUGUGUCUAGUGUAUCCCUCUAGAAAAUGUCAAAUAAAGACGACACUUUUCCUGGAAACAAAUGAGCUUCCUUAAUGUGUUUUACAUUCUAAUGAAAGCAAUUAGUUUGUCAGAGAAUGGUUCUUUUAAGCCCUCGUUUUGCAAACAUUUCAACAUCUCAAGCAAAUCCUCUCAGACACUUAUAACAAGUAUAUUGUAGGCUCUGUAAAGGCUUUUCCUGCAUUAAUGUUAGUCUAAACAUCCCCCAUUAAAAUGUAUGCUCCUCCACCUAAUGCUCCAUUUGUUUAUGAGGACAAGGCGGAGCAGUGACUGGGUCCUGGUCCUGAAUGAGGAUGCAGAGUCUGACAUACACAGCUUAGUGCUGAAAGGUGCAGAUCACUGAAUAAAUGUUUGAUUCAACCCUGCCCCCUGUUGUCUCCGGCCCGUGGACACACUGCAGGCGCAGGACGACCGGCUACUGUUGGCAGUUUAUGUUUUUAAACACAUCAACUCAAUUUGAAAGGAGAAAUCAUCAUCAUCAGUUUUUUAUUUGGUCUGAAAAUACGUUUUUAUAUCCCGAGGGUUAAAAGCGGCGUCUCAGUCACAACCUUGACACAUUGAGAGAUGUGAGAGACAUAAAUAUGAAUCCAUUGCUCCAUGUGCCAUCAUACGGCAAUAAAAACACAGCUUAAUGAUCCUAUAAAACCUCGGUCCUGUGCAGGGGGGGGUUUCUCCAGCCUGAGUCCCGACGGAUUCUUCAACCAGAGUCACUGCCCUCUAAGGCAACGAUGAGGCCGCUCCAACACACCGCUGGAUUUAUUGUUGUGUUGCGGCGGGAGAAACACAGAUAAUCAUUUUACUCUUCUCCGCAGCAGCAGCAGCCGUCAUUUUGCCGUGAUGCAGUUUAAUUGCGGCAAUUUCUCUCUUCCCCGAGCUGCCUGGCUGCCAUCCAGAUGUGCUAAACGUCGAGCAUGCACGUCUAACUUGAAAUUGAAAUACAUGUAAUAUAAAAGUGGUUGGUCCAGUUUGGACAGAGUGGACACUGGCGUUGGCUACUGUUGAUACAACAGAGUCAUCUCUCAUGCUCAGUCUGUUUAUAAUACCCCUCACACCUCGUCUCCGUGGAAACCUUUUAACUCAACAACACAAACGCACAAGGAGGCUCGGGUAUAACGUCAGACGUAAAUUACUCAGAGGUGCAGAAUACCUCAUUUGCGUAGUUUACCGUUACUUUACAACCAGAUUUUCCAUUACUCUCCCACAGCGAUUAUAAACAAAUAUGACAGCCAUGAUGGUUUACAGCGAACCAGACCACUCAGCAAAGGGCACAAUGCACCCCAGUAAAUCCUUGGUUAUUGCCAGAGGACCAACGAGAUCAUGGGUUUGAUCGACAAUCAACGGCAAAAGGUACUCUUUAAAGAAGAGGAAUUGACUGGAAGGUCUCGGCUGGAACAUUUUAAUAUCUCGUUCCUUUUCGUCCUUCGGAAAAUCACAUUGUUUGAUAUUGCUUCCUCUGAGGAGGGGAAGACGCUGUUGAGGGAAGGAGACAGAGAAACACGGCCUCUCCCCAGUUUACCUCAGCACCACUUUGUCUACUAUGAUAUAGUAUUGUGUAUUUUAUGUAAUAAGCAAUGAGAUGUUGUUUUUAUGGUGCAUUCGUUCAUGAGGAUGAAUUCGGACAACUUUGGUGUCCCCCAAUCAUUUACAUACAACAUGAGGUUGGUCUGGUUUUAAAAGACUUGAAUGAGCCAGUUCACUUGUUGCAGACAUGUUCAACUCGGGAAAAUCAAAAUGACAUAAUUUCAUUUCCACUAAGGCAAAAUGAUUAGAUGUACUGUUUUCUUCUUCUAUUCUUUUUACUUGCCUAUUUUUUGUAUAUAUUUUCUUUAAAGGGCUAUAAAUUGUUGCGGAAUAUUGUUAGAUAUUAAUAUAGCUGCUAAAGGAUCUGGGAAUCUUUGUAUUGCACCAGUGACAGAUUAGUAAAUCCUCCCCUAUAUUAAAGUUUCCACACUUAAACUCAUAAAACAGACGGCAAAUGAACACACUGCAGUAGGUUCAUUGUCUCCCACCGAGAUUACUCAGAUUUUCCUUUCCGUGUUUGAUGUGAAAUGAAUAGUCGUCAUGAAACUGAUCCAAACUCAAGUGAUCCUAUCAGUAAGGUUAGCUCUGAGCGAGCCCAGGGGGGUACGUUGUUGUCACCAGGGUCUGCACGAGUGAGGAAAGCCUGUUGUCAGUGUGCGCUGAUAAGAACAUGGCUGUAGCUCCUGCUAUUGUGUUGGCAGAACUCUCACUCCCUUCCUCCCCCACUUCUCUGCCUCAGUGAUUUACUGCCUGUAAAGAUCUUUAGCUUCAUCAGGGGAGCUUCAAACCAGUUCCCUGAGUAGGAACGGGCCCACGUGCACGCUGGAAAACAAGUGUCAGACAGUAAAACUUCCCUGCGCUGUGCAUCGGCCUCGUGAGUGGAUAGAGAUCGAACCUCUCCCACGUGUCCUGAUCGGGGGGGGGGGUUGUUUCCUGCCUCUUUGUACUUCACAGAUUACAAGGUCAACACUCUGAUUCUCCUUCUUAUUGCCAUAUAUAUACUUCACAGACACACUGAGGGAGGGGGUGAGACGGACUGAGGGCCGUGUACACCAUCUGUCUCCCACACAGUGUCAGUGAGACAAGUCGAAGCCCCGCGCGGUGGACUGUACAAUGGGAGGAACUGGUUAUGGGAGCAGCUGCUGGUGGAAAACACUUGGAGGGAGUUGAUAGGUGUUCAUCCUCCACCUCUCCCCCCCCUCAGUGACUUCCCCUUCUCACCCUCUCGUGCGCCCUCUCUCCUCGCACUUCCUCUCCUCCCGCUCCAGUCUCUGUGUCUCAGGUGUGUGUUCGGCCUGUGAGCAGUGAUGGGGGAUUGGAGUCUCCUGGGGAAUUUCCUAGAGGAGGUCCAGGAACACUCUACCUCGGUCGGGAAGGUCUGGCUCACCGUCCUCUUCAUCUUCCGCAUCCUGGUGCUGGGCACGGCGGCCGAGUCGUCCUGGGGCGACGAGCAGAGCGAUUUCCUGUGCGACACCCAGCAGCCCGGCUGCACCAACGUGUGCUACGACAGCGCCUUCCCCAUCGCCCACAUCCGCUACUGGGUGCUGCAGAUUGUUUUUGUCUCCACGCCGUCCCUCAUCUACAUGGGCCACGCCAUGCACAUUGUGCGCCGGGAGGAGAAGCAGCGGAGGGUGGAGCAGGAGGAGAGGGAGGAGAGGGGGGAAGGGGGAGAAGACCUGGGGGGGGAGAAGGAGUACCUCCAGCAGAAGGUGAGCGGGAGAAUGGUGGCGUCUGACGGGACCGGCCGUGUUCGCCUGAAAGGGGCGCUGCUGCAGACGUACAUCCUGAGCAUCAUGAUCCGCACGGUGAUGGAGGUGACAUUUGUCGUGGUGCAGUACAUGAUCUACGGGGUGUUCCUCAGGGCGUUGUACCUGUGCAAGUCUUGGCCCUGCCCCAACCCCGUCAACUGCUACAUGUCCCGGCCCACGGAGAAGAAUGUCUUCAUCGUCUUUAUGCUGGUGGUGGCCGGCGUGUCCCUGCUGCUCUCCGUGCUGGAGCUCUACCACCUCAGCUGGAAGGGCGCCAGGAGGUGUUUACGCAAGAAGAGGAUGGAGAAGAGCAGCCACAAAGCUGUGACGGCGGCCGUCUCCGCGGCCUUGGAGCCCAACAGCCCCCCACUGCCCCCGGCCUCCUGCACCCCGCCUCCUGACUUCAGCCAAUGCCUGGCGGCCUCGAGCUCCAUGGACCCCAUGACCUCUAUGGCCUCGCACCCCUUCAGCAACAGGAUGGCGCUGCAACAAAACUCCGCCAACCUGGCCACGGAGCGGCACCACAGCUGCGACGACCUGGAGGAUGAGAAAGACUUCCAGAGGAUGCGAUUCGACCAGGCGCCCCCAGAGGUGCCCACCAGCUGCUCUCCCUCGCCGCUGCUGCACUCCGGCUACACGAAGGACAAACGCCGCCUGAGCAAGACCAGCGGCACCAGCAGCCGGGCUCGGCAGGACGACCUGGCAGUGUAGGCUCACAACACAAAAGGGAGGGGACAGAAAGUUUAGAACGAGUCUGAGGGUUGUUUAUGAGGGAAGGGGUCAAAAGCAUGAGGUUAACUGUGGAAAUUCUGGCAUUGACACCAGAAGCACAAUCGUAGAGGACGGACUGGAGGUUCACCGGAGGGAGGGACACAGGUCUGUCGGAGGACUUGUGUGGACUUGAUGUGCGCUCUGUGAGCAGAUGUUAUUUGGGAAAAGAUCUGCCUCCUAAAACCAAACUGCAAAAAAGAAAAAUAUUUUCUAAAUGAGUGUGUGAAUGGCUGUUGCAUAUUGAUGUUUUAGUGCAAAGAUUUUUUAAGAGUAAAAAAUGAAGUGAUAUUUUUCUAAAGAGAAAUGACUGAAAAUUACUUGGAGGGAAAUGACCAAGGGAAACCGCUUGGAAAGCAAAAUAUGGAUCACGCCUCAACUAUUCAAUGAAUUACAAUAGUUUUGCCCUGACGCUGCAAACUAAAUGAGAUGAGAUAUUUUGAGGCACACCGGGACACAAUAUGCAAUAAACUGUGAAGCUUGCCGCGAUUAUUAUGUUGUUUUGCAGAGCACAGUGAGUCACGGUAAAGUGCCUUAAAGAGCGUAAAAAUAAAUAUAGUCCAUAUGAUGUUUUUUAAAAGAUUUAUUGAAAAAGCCAUUGCAAAAACUGUACAUUUAGACUUGUUACCUGAUGGCACAAUACAGGUCCUAAAAUGCAUCUUAAUCCCUUUACAAUCUAAAAGAAAGUGACUAAAACUGUAUUCAUAAGUUCUGUGACAGGAGCCAAUGUGUGCAGAAUAGCCUCCUGAGAUGUUCCCAAUCCAGGGGGAUUGAAGAGGAAACAGGAGGUCCUGCCUGGAUGUGAGGAGAUCCUGCCACUAGGUGGAAACAUUGCACUUUUUCAGUUUCUGUCCUGAUGUAAAUAGUGAACUCGUCCUGUACGUUUCGGUUGAUAUCUUUUUAUGUUGUAUGUUAUUUCAUUUCCGUUGUUUUGCAAAAAUCAAUGUACAGGUUGGUUAAGUUUAUCUUGCACAGUAAAUUCACAUGAAACAAGAAAAAUCUUUUUUUUUCUUUUUUGUUAUUUUACACAGACCGCAAUAAAUGUCAUCAUUAACUCAUCACAAAUUAAUAAAUCAUCAACUGUACAUUCUGCUCUAUUGUCCUUAAGGGGUGUGAUUAAAGCAAGUUUUUCUUA